GUACCGAGUGUUGAUUAAUUAGACAUCUUGAUUGACGGCAGAAAAGCGUGUCUCCUGUGGGAGUUAUUAGUUACCGAAUAAAUUUUGUGAUACACGUCAUUAUGUUAUCUAUCAAGCUAAACAAAACAACAACUAAUUAUACUCACUUUUUUUCUCGUUUUUUUGCAGAUUUAGUUAACUCCCCGACGUCGUCGCGUCCUAAUUUGGGUCCAAGUUUCUCGCAACAGGGGUUUUUCUCCUCAUCGCGUGACAGUUUGAGUCUCGCGGGCACAGCAUGCGGCACGGCGUUGUCUUCGGCGUCGCAACGUCAAACACUGAAUCCGCAUGUGAGUGCCGCCAAGUCAGAAAUGGAUUUGACAACGCGGAAAAAUAGGAAAAAGGAACGCGGAAGACUAAAAGCUGCGAGCGGCGAACAACCCUUGCUUGGUUCAUGGAGUAGAUCCGGUACGCGGGAAUCGAAUGCAAACACUAUCGACACUGCCACGUCAACGCAUCAUCUGGCGCCAACAACGAGCGGCAACACAAAUAAUAAUAAUAGUAAUAACGGGAAUAGUAGUACGAAUAACGAUUGUAAUGGAAAUGAAAGACUGCGUCGUUCAGGUUGUUCCUCGGCGUCACAAAACAAAAAAUCAAGCGGCACAAAAUGGACCUUUGUGUUCGAUCCGGCGGGCCGUUUGUGUUAUUACUGGUCAAUGGUUGUAUCGUUGGCUUUUUUGUACAACUUUUGGGUGAUCAUCUACCGCUUCGCAUUUCAGGAGAUAAACGGCGAAUCGAUUGUCGUGUGGUUCUGCCUGGAUUACUUUAGCGACUUUUUGUAUCUCGUCGACAUUCUCUUUCACUUCCGUACGGGUUACCUCGAAGAUGGCGUCCUGCAAACGGAUAGCACGAAAUUACGUCAACACUACAUGAAUUCAACGACAUUUUACAUAGAUUGCCUUUGUUUGCUACCAUUAGAUUUUUUAUAUUUGUCCAUAGGAUAUAACUCGAUAUUGCGAUCGUUUCGUCUCGUGAAAAUUUAUCGGUUUUGGGCGUUCAUGGAUCGCACGGAGCGUCAUACGAACUAUCCGAACUUGUUUCGAUCGACGUCGCUGAUCCAUUAUUUGCUCGUAAUUUUCCACUGGAAUGGCUGUUUGUACCAUAUUAUCUAUAAGAAUAACGGUUUCGGCUCGAAAAAUUGGGUGUAUCACGAUAGCGAGUCAGCGGAUGUCGUCAAGCAGUAUUUGCAGAGUUACUAUUGGUGCACUCUUGCUCUGACGACAAUCGGGGAUCUGCCAAGACCUCGUUCGAAGGCGGAAUAUGUCUUCGUUAUCGGGCAAUUGCUGUUCGGCCUUAUGCUAUUUGCGACAGUUCUCGGGCACGUGGCAAAUAUUGUAACUUCAGUGAGUGCAGCACGAAAGGAAUUUCAAGCUAAAUUGGAUGGCGUCAAAACCUACAUGAGGAUGCGUCGAGUACCCAAUCAUUUACAGGUGAAGGUUAUCAAAUGGUUUGAUUAUUUAUGGCUGACACAGAAGUGUUCGGAUGAGGAGAAGGCUGUGUCAUGUCUUCCUGAUAAAUUAAAGGCUGAAAUAGCGAUAAAUGUUCAUUUAGAUACACUUAAGCGGGUAGAAAUAUUCCAAAAUACCGAAGCUGGUUUUUUAUGUGAAUUAGUGUUACGUUUACGUCCUGUGCUGUUUUCACCUGGCGACUACAUUUGCCGUAAAGGUGAAGUGGGCAAGGAAAUGUAUAUAGUUAAUCGAGGACGACUGCAAGUUGUUGCUGACAACGGUAAAACUGUGAUGGCCUCCCUGAAAGCUGGCUCAUAUUUUGGCGAAAUCAGUAUACUUAAUAUGGGGACGGCAGGUAAAGCACUCGGUAAUCGUCGUACAGCUAGCGUCAGGUCUGUAGGUUAUAGCGAUUUGUUUGUGCUGAGCAAGAAGGACAUGUGGGAUGUGCUGAAGGAAUAUCCGGCGGCGCGCGUUCGUCUCGAGGCAAUUGCGGUUAAACGUUUGGAGAAAUACAAGAAGGCGCCUCUCGAAAAAGUUGCCAUGGGACGCUGCCAAUCAACUCCUGCUUUAGUAGAAACGAAAGGUCGAACUACGUUAGAGGAAAUGUGGCUUGCUCCGUGUCCCGUAACUGCAGCGACGCCUGCUCCAACGACUUAUAGUCAAGCAAAUUAUAGUCAAAUGACGAGUCCAAAGCAGCAUCGAACGGAAACAACAGGACUCAAAACUGCCGAUUCGCAUGUUUCGCUGAGCCCGAGUGUUCACAGCAGCGAAGAUAGACCAAGAAGUCGUGCGACAACGUCUCGUCCUCAAUCUCAACCGAGUCGAGGAGGCUGUGAGUCGUUGAUCCAUCUCGAAUCAUCGGGCGCAACGCCAUUACUUGGCUCCCAUGAAGCACUCGAGGGUGAAAUAAAGCGACUACGUGAACGCCUUCGAACCGUCGAAUCGGAAAAUUUUGCGCUCCAUACGAAACUCGAUCAGCAGCAACUCGAAGUUGAACACCGACUGUUGGAAAUUGAGAUGCAAAUUCGCGGCGAAUCGUCAGCAGCUACCUCCGUGAGCGGCGAACAUGAUGCCGACGAACUCGAGCGAAAUCAAGAGAGCAUCAUAUAACAUAAUGGCGGGCUGCCUACUUCUAAAGUUGCCUUAUUGUAUGUGCGAUGCAUGACGUAAACGACAAAAAAAAACGAACGAAAAAAAAUUAUAAAAAAAAAAUU